GUCCCCUCAGACGUGGUCUGAAUCUGAGAGAGAGGCCAGCAGAGAGACCCCCCGACGGCGUUUCUCGGCGUUAACGUGGUCGUGCAGUGGGCGUCUCCAGAUCGGGAAUAAUAAUGGACUAACAGUCUUCUUCUGCUGUUUCAGUUUGAUCGCCGCUCUGGCUUCUCGGGGAGCUGAAAGAAGAUGAGCCCCUUCUCCUCGGCAGAGGGGGGGUUUGCUGCUGCUGCUGCUGUGUGGGGGAGUGGGCUACAUCCUGUGGCGUUUCCUGUGUUUGUAAACUAGACGGUACAGCAAAAAAAAAUACGUCGCCGAGCAAAGCUGUUUUUAGUACUAGAUGAGUGAGGUGGGUGUGGCUUCCCACCAGCCCGACCAUCCUGACUGACGGAUCUCUGGAUGACCUUGUCCCCACCCCUGUCCCUGCGCUCACAUAUACCACAGCAAUGUCACAUCUGCCCAGCAGCUCAGUCCGCGACCAUAUGAAAUGGGCGGGGCUGCUCGGGUGCGAAGCUGUCCUCUCCAGCAUGGCCCUGAUGCAGGCCAGUACCAUGGCUGCUCCGCCUAAAAAGAUGAUGGCUCCGCUCGGCCAUGUACCGCCACAGAGGGAAGGACCCGACCGCGCUCCCCAGAGCCACAUGAUCCUCCCCUCUGGAAUGAGCUGUCCACCACUGGUUAGGAAUUACAUCGGCAAUAUGCUCAUCCGGAAGGAAGGUGAAUUCCAAGCUCCCCGCUUGCUGGACGAGAAGGACAUGAGGACCAACGAGGACUUGCAGCAGAAAAAAAAGAACAGGAAAUCCGUGACGCCCUGCAAAGUGAAGGAACAAGAAGGAAUGGAAGGGAAGGGCACAGGUGGAGAUGAGAACGGUCCCGUGUCUAAAGUACAGAAAAAUUUUAUUUGUGAUCACUGUUACGGAGCAUUUAGAAGUGGAUAUCACCUAAAGAGACAUAUCCUCAUUCAUACAGGGGAGAAGCCGUAUGCUUGUGCCGUAUGUGACAUGAGGUUUAUUCAGCGUUACCACCUGGAGAGACACAGCUUCAUUCACACGGGGGUGAAGCCAUAGGGUGAAGCCGUUUGCUUGCUCCAUGUGUGACAUGAGGUUUUUCCAGCGUUACCACCUGGAGAGACACAGACUCAUUCAUACGGGGGUGAAGCCGUACGCUUGCUCCAUGUGCGACAUGAGGUUCUUCCAACGUUACCAACUGGCGAGACACACCGUCAUUCAUACUGGGGUGAAGCCAUACGCUUGCUCCGUGUGUGAUAUGAGAUUUUUCCAUCGCCACCACUUGGCACGACACAGCCUCAUUCACACGGGGGUGAAGCCAUAUGCUUGCUCCAUGUGUGACAUGAGAUUUUUCCAGAAAUACCACCUGGCAAGACACACUCUCAUCCACACGGGGGUGAAGCCAUACGCUUGCUCCAUGUGUGACAUGAGGUUCUUCCAGCGUUACCAUUUGGCAAGACACACCCUCAUUCAUACCGGGGUGAAGCCAUAUGCUUGUACCAUGUGUGACAUGAGAUUUAUUCAGCGGUACCAGCUGGAGAGACACAACCUCACUCAUACAGGGGUGAAGCCGUACGCUUGCACCAUGUGUGACAAGAGGUUUUUUCAGCGCUACCACCUGGCGAGACACAGCCUCACUCAUAUGGGUGUGAAACCUUAUGCUUGCACCAUGUGUGACAUGAAGUUUUUUCAACGUCACCACCUGGCGAGACACAGCCUCAUUCAUACGGGUGUGAAACCUUAUGCUUGCACCAUGUGUGACAAGAGGUUUUUUCAACGCUACCUCCUGGCGAGACACAGCCUCACUCAUAUGGGUGUGAAACCUUUUGCUUGUACCAUGUGUGACAUGAGGUUUGUCCACCGUUACCACCUGGCGAGACACAGCCUCACUCAUACUGGUGUGAAACCUUAUGCUUGCACCAUGUGUGACAAGAGGUUUUUUCAACGCUACCACCUGGCGAGACACAGCCUCACUCAUAUGGGUGUGAAACCUUUUGUUUGUACCAUUUGUGACAUGAGGUUUGUCCAGCGUUACCUCCUGGCGAGACACAGCCUCACUCAUACUGGGGUGAAGCCAUUUGCUUGUUCCAUGUGUGACAUGAGGUUUAUUCAGCGUAACCACCUGGAGAGACACAGCCUCACUCAUACGGGAGAGAAGCCAUUUGCAUGUGACAUGUGUGAUAUGAGGUUUAUUCAGCGCUACCACCUUGAGAGACACAAGCGCGUUCACAGUGGGGAGAAGCCUUAUCAGUGCGAAGGUUGCCAGCAGAACUUUUCCCGCACAGACCGGCUGCUGCGACACCGGCGGUUGUGCCAGGGUCACGGCGUCGCCAAAGUAGAGAACCAGCCGUGCUGCGAACCCCGCCCGUAUCCACAGGACCCGCCGCCCCCUGCGCCCCCGACCUGGAGCCCCCUGCACCCACCUCCGGGACGGCUGGCGGUCUGACAUUACGCCUUCCCGGGAUCCAUAACUCCAGCGGAGAUGGGACAAGCCACAAGGUUUCCUCCUCUCGCCUCUGUGCAGAGCGGCGCCACAUUCUAGCGCCGAAUGCUCCAGUCCUGGGAUUAUUAAAUGACAGUGGGGCAGUUUUUUCUUUUUCUUUUUUUUUUUUUUUUACUUACAUUUCACUGUGUUCCCUUUUCUUCCCAGUUUUUUUUUUAUUUACAUUGAGACUUUUUUCUGUGAUGAACAGUGGUCAAUGGUCCUGUUUUGUACAUUUUUGUUCCCAAGACGAAAAAAAAGAAGAAGGUUUUUAUUGUUCAAACAAACUGCAUUUGGUGGUACUGCCCAGCAAGGGAACUGGAUAUCGUUUGUCCUAAUGUAUUUACAAAAAAAAAAGAGGUGGAAAAACUGUAUUUAAGCUACUCGAUCAUUUUUUUUCUCUCUUAAACGGCCCAUUUUGACUUAGAAAAAUCGUCACUCAGGUUUAAGCGGUAAAACUGAACCCUCCCUCCAGGUCGAGCGUGGAGGCUCGUCAGCCGCGUCACUUGGGACCACAGUUUGCCAAGACGGCGCUGCUCAUCACGAGGUUUCACUCAAAGCAUCGUCUGGUGCUUUUGCCGCUUUUGAUACGCUGACUUGAUCGGCAGGGAAGGCCCAGUUUUAAUCAGUGUAAAUAAUUUAAAAUGUGUAUUAUUCUAGAUUUAGACUUGAGUGUUCUUUUUUUUUUUUUUUUUAAGCACAAAAUGGGCCAAAAAUAAGAGCGAAAAAGGAGGUUAGUUCAAAUACGGUUGGUCAGUGCUGCUGCAGUUGACUCCUGAGGGAAGCCGUUUGUCUCUAAAAAAACAAAAAGGCGAGGAUAAAUCCGUGUUUGGAAACCAGAUCAAGUUUUGCGUCGACUCGUGAGUUUCAGAGGAUUGUCUCAGCGAGGACGGCAGCGUAACAGCACUUCUUCCGCCGCUGCGGUCCGUUCACCUGCGUGUGUGUGUGUGUAAAUAAGGACAUCUCCAGUGCUAUCAGAAAAAUGUGGAAACCGGGUGCAGGUUGGCCUCUGUGAGUCUCACCGUUUGUACAGCUCGUCACAUUGUGAGGUUAGCAGCCGUAUACAAGAUAUUGUGGCCUUAGUAUGUUACUUUCUUACUUUUUGUUUGUUGCCUUUUUAUUUCUCGGCUGUGUUUUAAGGCUGUGGCACACAUGCGUUUACUAGUAUUUUGUUAGUUUCCUUUUUUUUUCCUUUUUGUUCGAUUACUAAACAGUUAUUGAGCGCUGUCGGCUUCACAUUUCUGAUGGAAAUUGAUGUGCUGGGUCAUUAUUACUGCUCAUUUUGUAACGCAACAGGUCCGUGCGAGAGGUCAGUAGCGCGCAGCUUUUAAAACCUUUUUAAACCGCUUUUUCUUUCAGAUAAGUGACCGGUGUGUAAACGCGGAUCAUGUCAUUGGGUUUUCAGCCUUAAGCGAGUUAAAAUGACACGAGCUAUCGUACUAAAUGCCGCUGUAGUAACGAGGUUUCUUUCACAUAUCAUGAACUUGGGUGGGGGGAAAUCUUUUCAAGUGACAACGUUUCCGUAUCGAGCAGCUUCUGGUCGCGUCCUGAAACGUCGGUGCUUGACCGGGAAGCGUUGACGCCGAGCUGGAGGGACAUGCUGUUGAAGCCAAUAACCAAACGAGGAAGCUUUAUCUGGCCUCUAUAUUUGCUUCAUUGUAAGUGGCAGAGUGCUAAGGAAAUUGGGGAGAUUUAAAAUAGCAGAAGUUGUGCGGCUAGUGAGGUGCGCACAGAGAAAAGGGUUCGGUUUGAAGUGACUUGAUUGGGACGAAAUUGUGGCCGAAACAAAGGGCCAAUUUUAACAAAUGCAGUAAUUAGCUUUGGAAACACUAUUCCCAGCCUGUGGAGGGACUCCGCUGGUGUGUGCACAUAAAAAAAAAAAACAACGCAAAAAGGGCAAUACAGUAUGUAGUUGUUGCUUGUUAAUACCUGUUUGUCAUUUAUUGUUUUUAAUAUAAUCAUUUCCUUCGUUAAAGGCAAUAGAAUCCUUCCAUCUUAGCUCUUGUUUUUAUUUUUGUUUUUGUUCAUUCAGACCGAUUUUAAAGGAAGGAUUAGCUCAUCAUGUUUUUAUGAUUGUUUCAAGGACCUUUUUUUUUUAUUAUUCGGAUAAAAUUGUACACUGGAAUGACUUGGAAAAACAUGACUUUUUUUUUUUCUUCUUCAAUCUGUAUUAGAUUUUAGUUUUUUGACAAAAGUUUUUUUUUCUCCUCGACACAGAAGGCGAACAGAACGAUUUGGAUCAGUACCGCUGGGAGCCCAGUAUGUUCUGUAAUUUUGACAAUAUAUGAUGUUGUAUCACAGAAGAAAAAAAAAACAGUUUGCUUUUCUUAUACAAAGUCCCUGGUAUUUGUAGUAAAUUAUAUUGAUGAUGGUAUUAGAUGAACAACAGCAUUACAGUAGCUAUCACAGAUUAGUUGUUUUCUUUAUUAGUCUUGCAUGCAGAGUUACGGUCCUCAGUUAAGAUAGGAUCUCUAUUGAUUAUUUUGUGUAGGAAAAAAAGAGUGCAUAUGAAUAACUUCCUAAGAAAUUUACAAUGAUUAUUGUAAAAAUGGGCUAACUAAUAUGUACCCUUGUGAUCCAAUUAGUUUCAGCUGUAUAAAAAAAAUCAGAGGAGAGGCUUCCUACUAUUAUGGUAAAAUAAAGAAUUUGUAAAGGA